UUUAUAAUUAAGCUAGAGAAAAAAGUGAAAUCGCUCCUGCAAUGAUUGAAGCCUCCGAUUCAAUGCCGCCCUUCCCAUCCCUUGCUCUCCUCCUCAUCUACCUCUUCGUCUUCUCCUCCGCCGACGCCUAUCACUCCCUCCUACAGAUGGUCCCCCGAGGCCGCACCCUCAGCCGUCCCGCCGGCGUUGGAGGAGCGGCCGAUGACUACUUGUGUGACAGCUGGAGGCUCUCUGUGGAAACUAACAACGCAGGGCCUUUUCGAUCGUUCCCAACGACGUGCAUUCCGUACGUGAAGAAAUACUUCAGCGGGGAUUGGUACUUCUCGGAUUCUGAGGUUGUCGCCGGAGACUCGCUGUACUUCGCCGCUAGUGUUCCGAUCGAGGGCGAUGGGAAAGACAUAUGGAUCUUUGACGUCGACGAGACGCUUCUUUCCAAUAUUCCGUAUUAUGCGGCCCAUGGAUACGGAUCUGAAACUUUCAACGAGACUUCAUUUGAUGAAUGGGUGGAACUGGGUAAGGCUCCGGCUUUACCAGCAAGUCUAAAGUUAUAUGGACAGCUUCUUGAGCUUGGAUUUCAGAUGAUUCUACUGACGGGUCGAGGUGAGAGCCAAAGAAACGUGACCGAGAAGAAUCUGCUUUCUGUUGGCUACAGUUCAUGGGAACGGCUUAUUUUAAGGCAAUCUGAUGACCAUGGAAAGAAAGCAGUCGUCUAUAAGUCAGAAAGGCGAGCAGCAUUAGAAGCAGAAGGAUUCAGGAUUCAUGGGAACUCAGGAGAUCAAUGGAGUGAUCUGUUGGGGUGGGCAACGUCAACGCGCUCCUUCAAACUCCCUAACCCGAUGUACUACAUUCCAUGAUGUACUACAACGGUAAAGAUUCUAUAGACCCGGAGACAAGAUUGUUCUUUGAGAUAGAAUUGCCGAUCAGCCUCUUAUAUCGAUUUGUGUAAUUAUUUGUACGCACUCUGUAUUUGUAUUGUACGUAUUCCACGUUGCUAGAACCCAAAUUAUAUAUUUAAUAAAGGGUCAGUUUGAAAGUCCGAUA